UCCCCUCUUUCUCUCUUCUCACCCCUCUCUCUCUCCAUGUAUGUUUUGAAUGUCCCUCAGAUCAACCACCAGAGAGGGCAGCUACUAGAUGACUGUUCAAUUCCAUAGGGAUGUUAUUCACCAGGGAGAUGCUAGGGGAAUGAGAGCACUAAUCUGUGUUCACAUUCUCAGACUGGAGUGUACCAGACACUAGCAUGGUCUGCCAGGGUCUUCCUCCUUAGAGGUCCUGUAAGGUGAAGUGGAGGAUCUCAGGAGUGAGUGAAUCAGUGUCAGUGAACUGACUAACUAACUAAUGGACUGGUCAGUGAUAUAUCACAGACCAGGGGUUGAGAAACUCUGUUAGUGUUAGUCUGCUUUGACUACUCACAUUCUCCUGUCAGACAGCGCCACAGAGACAGAGGGAGGAAGAGAGAGAGAGCACUUCCACUCUCCCAUCCAGCCAGAGAAGGAUCCUCCGUCUGAUUGGCUCAGCAGAAUGGCCAGAGUCCGGUCACAUGAUCCUGUCAGCCAAUAGGAACUGGAGUUGGGCUUCUGUCAGGAAAAGUGCUGUAGCAUGCUGGAUGAGGCCUCUGGCUGACCUGAACAAUAUGGUGUCCAGUCUGAGCGCGUGGUUCUGGAAUGAGCGGCUGUGGUUCCCUGAGGGGCUGGGCUGGGCUGACCUGGAGGACAAAGAUGGCCGUGUCUACGCCAAGGCCAGAGACCUCUGGGUGGCGCUACCCAUCGCCGUAGCCUUCCUCGUAAUACGACAGAUCUUCGAGAGGUUAGUGGCCACUCCCCUGGCUGCUGUCAUGGGGGUGAAGGAGAAAGUUAGGCUCACAGUGUCACACAACCCCACACUGGAGUCAUUCUACUGUAACACAACCAAGAACCCCACACAGAGUUCUAUAGACAGCCUGUGUAAGCAGACAGGUUGUUCAGAGAGACAGGUGCAGAGAUGGUUCAGGAGACGCAGGAACCAGGACCGACCCAGUCUACUGAAGAAGUUCAAAGAGGCCAGUUGGAGAUUCACCUUUUACCUUUUUGCUUUCAUUGCUGGCCUGGCUGCCCUCGUCGACAAACCCUGGCUGUAUGACUUUAAGGAGAUGUGGCAGGGCUUCCCUAUUCUGACUCUCCUGCCGUCUCAGUAUUGGUACUAUAUGAUAGAGCUGGGUUUCUACGGCUCUCUAAUCUUUAGUGUGGCGUCAGAUGUCAAACGGAAAGUAAGUGUGCACCAUGCCUGCUCUAUAAAACACACUAUGCUUGUAACAAUCAAGUAUACAGUAUACAAAUGAACCACUAAAAAUGGUGGUACAGAAUCCCUUUACUUACAGUCCUAUUCACUUUAAGAGUCAGUCAAUUACAGCACGCAGAUCAUCCAAAUAUUCUUCCAUACAGGGGGAGUAGAGUUUACAAUGUCAGGGAUAGUGGUUAACCAAGCCUGCACACUCUGUUAGCUACAAGUGAUUCAUUGAAAGCAGUAAGCAAGUCUUUCCGAUCACUUUCCUGCUGUUGGCAUGGUGUUGACUUUGUGCUGACGACCAGGGGUUACUGUCAUGGCACUGAUGACAGUGUCAGUGUGUAUAGGGACAGGGGGCAGGGGGCUACUGCAGGAGGUGGACAUUAGACUGAUAUGACGUGUUUGUGUGUGUGGAGCCGGAGGUUUAAAGGGGAGUUUGUCAGUGGACUCUGCUCCACUAGGGCAGGUCAGUACAGACAGCAUGUACAGUACC